GUAUCAAUUUUGUCAUUUUGGCAGGCCCUUGCUAAGACAUUAACAUUAGUGCAGCUAGCAUAUCUGAGAGAACAAUUUAAUAUCUUAGGCCCGAACAAAAGUGGGUUAAUCUCCAUGCAGAACUUCAAGACGGGUAUUUUAAGGAGUGCCACUGAUGCCUCAAAGGAUUCACGUGUCUUAGAUUAUGUGAACAUGGUUAGUUCAAUCCAAUAUCGGAAAUUAGAUUUUGAAGAAUUUUGUGCUGCUGCUAUAAGUGUCCAUCAACUAGAGGGAAUGGAAAGCUGGGAGCAACAUGCAAGACGUGCCUAUGAGUUGUUUGAUAAGGAAGGAAAUAGACCAAUUAUGAUUGAAGAGCUUGCAUCGGAACUUGGGCUUAGCCCAUCAGUGCCUAUUCAUGUGGUACUCCAAGAUUGGAUAAGACACUCAGAUGGGAAGCUUAGCUUCUUGGGGUUUGUUAGACUUCUGCAUGGAGUUUCUUCUCGCACAUUUCAGAAGGCUUGAGAGAAAACACACAUGAUUGCUAUUAUUUUUUGUCCCCCUUAUUGAUCAUAAACCUUUUGAAUGCAUGACUCAUGAGCAAACUCCAACAGCAGGUUUCUUCAUCUUGAUUGGCUUCAGCAAAGCCAAAAGCUAUAGCUUGAAGGGAGUUUGUUGCCUCUGAAGUGACUUGCAACAUCUUGAUGAGUUCUACAAACACAAAACACUUCAUCAGAUUGAUUGGUGGUGCUGGAGUUAAGGCUUGUACAGAUGAAAGUAGAGCACAGGUUGUACUUAGAACUAGUGGAACUUCCAUAAAGUGAGUUGUGUUUUCGGGUUUAUCCCAUGUGUACCCAUGGCGCACUUGUCAAUAAACUAUUUCUACUUAUGUGAACUCCUUUAUAGUAGACAUUUUUCUGUUAUCAAAAAAAAGGAAAGCUGAACAGUUAAUACUCA